AAAAUGGCUGCGCCCAUGAUCACACCAGUGACACAUGUUGUGUUUGACGUGGAUGGUGUUUUAAUAGACACAGAACAUUUGUAUACUGACAUUGUAGAAGGGAUUGUGGGUCAGUAUGGGAAGAAAUUUACAAUGGACCUUAAAGUCAAGCAGAUGGGCAGGAAGGAGCCAGAAUCAGCAGCCAUUGUUAUAGAGGCCCUAGAUUUACCCCUGACUGUGGAUCAAUAUCUACAAAUGGCCCACCAACAACAAGAGAAAUUGUUUCCCUCUGUUGAAGCACUACCAGGAGCCGAACGACUAGUCCGACAUUUACACAAACAUGGAGUCCCUAUUGCCACUGCCACUGGUUCUCAUACACAUAGCUUUGAACUGAAAACAUCCAAUCACAAAGAUUUAUUUUCUUUGUUUCAUCACUGUGUUCUGAGUGGAGAUGACCCCGAAUGUAAACAUGGCAAGCCAGCACCAGACUGCUUCUUACUGGCUGCCAAAAGAUUUCCUGACAAUCCCGACCCCAGUAAGGUGCUGGUGUUUGAGGAUGCUCCUAAUGGUGUGGAGGCAGCCCAUGCAGCAGGGAUGCAGUGUGUGUGGUUACCCCACAGAGGAUUAGACCUACAGACACACAGACACAUGGCUACACUGGUGCUAGACUCACUAGAGGAAUUCAAGCCCGAGAUGUUUGGUCUGCCUCCAUUUGACAGUUAACCAACAAAGUCAAACUACGUAGUUAUUUAAAAGUAGCAUUUCUAGUUAUCAAAUUCAAUAAUAAAAUAGUGAAUAAAAAUGGAAGAUAAUAUUUAGUUACUAGUGCCAUAAGUUUAUAAUAAGUAUACAUAUAUUGGUGGAUAUAUUCAAGAUUUCAUAAGAAUGAAAGUGAUUAUUUUUUAUGUUCAAUAUAUGUACUGAUAAUUGUUAUGGAAAUUUCAUUUAUGAACAAUGGCUUCAUUGAUUUAUU